UGCUUCUCUCUCUAUAAUCCUUCAGAUCUUUAGACUGUAAAAAAAUGGCGACGACAACAACGACGACAGUGUAUAGACCUUCACUUUCUGAAAAACCCAUUUCUAAAAUCUCAUGUUUCAAUCAAAUAACUAGAAGAACAAGAAACUUAUUCAUGAAUCCUUCUUCAUUGAAGAAAUCUAAUCUGGGUUCUGUUAAAGCUUCAAUUCAAGAUGAUAGUGAUAAGAAGAGUAGUAGUAAUAACUUAGGUGGCGAGGCUAAGAAAAAGGCUCAAGCUUUAGAGUUACAGAGGAUUUUUGAAGAUUCUCAAUCUCUCCCAAAGCCUUUAUCUAUUAACGAUUUGAGUCCAUCUGCUAAUGGGGCUCGUUUAAGGGUUGCUUAUCAGGGAGUUCCUGGGGCAUAUAGUGAAUUGGCUGCAGGAAAGGCGUAUCCAAAUUGCGAAGCGGUUCCUUGUGAACAAUUUGAUGUUGCUUUCAAUGCUGUCGAGAGAUGGAUUGUUGAUAGGGCGGUUUUGCCAAUAGAGAAUUCUCUAGGGGGAAGUAUCCAUCGGAAUUAUGAUCUCUUACUUCGACACAACUUGCACAUUGUUGGGGAAGUUAGACUUUCAAUAAGGCAUUGUUUACUGGCUAAUUAUGGCGUUGAAAUAGGAAAUCUGAGCAGAGUUCUUAGCCAUCCACAAGCUCUUGCUCAAUGUGAGAACACACUAACAAAGUUGGGAGUGGCCAGGGAAGCUGUGGAUGAUACCGCUGGUGCUGCACAACUUGUUGCUGCUAAUAAAUUUCGGGAUGUGGGGGCAGUUGCUAGUGAAGGCGCUGCAAAAAUAUACGGUCUAAAUAUCCUUAGGGAGAAUAUUCAGGAUGAUACCGAUAAUAUUACUAGGUUUCUGAUGCUGGCGAGAGAACCCAUUAUACCUGGUACUGAUAGACCUUUCAAGACUAGUAUCGUUUUCUCUCUAGAGGAAGGUCCUGGCAUGCUUUUCAAAGCACUUGCUGUUUUCGCAAUGCGUCAAAUCAACCUUACAAAGAUUGAAAGCCGUCCGCAACGUAAACGGCCCAUGCGCACUUCUGAUGACAACAGCAACGGAUCCCAAAAGUACUUUGACUAUCUUUUCUACGUGGAUUUUGAAGCAUCAAUGGCUGAUCCCAACUCUCAAAAUGCCCUUGGGCAUCUAAAGGAGUUUGCAACAUUUCUGAGAGUGCUAGGAAGCUACCCGACAGACAAUGGUACACUCUGAAUGAGUAUGAGAGAUAGCAUAAUGGAGUAGAAGGAACAUCUACUAGAGCGCGACGGAAGUCUGCUGAAAUUUUGAGGCGUAGAAGGUAUAUAUAACAUAUAUGGGUACGGCAUAUGAGGGGUUCCAAUAUCAGAGUGAAGAUCAUGGGGUAGUUUGUAGUAAUUUGAAGGAUUUUGGCACAAUAAGUUUGUUUUACCUUUUUCCUUUGAGAAUUUCAGUUUUAGAAUCUUGGAAUAAUUGGAUCAGUCAAAUUUAUUUUAGCAAAAAUGAAUAAAAAGAAAAGAAUGUGCCUUGUUGGGAGCAAAUAAACAGUUGUUGCCUAACAUGGAAUCUAGUCAAUUGAUCCAAGUUAUGGCCAAGUCUUCCAAGAAA